UCCAUUGGCGGGAGGUGCCCGCCGGGGGUCAUGUCUCACACCAUAUUUUGGCCCGCAUGAAAUAGAAAGUAAUGCUCAUCUUGUUUCUUGGUAGCAGUGAGGGGACACCGGCAGGGUCCUGGAGGUUCCCCUUGCGACGAGAAUAGCGCCAUGACUUCAUGAAUGAGGGACUCGCACCAGGAGGCAGCACAUUUCUCAAGAGGGUCUUCAAAGCCCACAGGGAACUAAAACACUUUGUGCCCUCACAUUUGGAGUCCCCGCGUUUAUUUGGAAAGUCUCCGAGAAGGCAAGUUCGAGAGGGACAGCCGCAGCAAGUGUCAUCUGGUCUUCCAAUCUGGAGAGGGCGGUGGAGUUUAAAAUGGUGUGAAUAUGAUAGCCAUCCCUGCCCACUGGUGUAGCUUAUGCAAGGUCUGACACUGGCAGGCUGUAAUCGGACAAAAAAGGACCUUGUAAAUCCACCACAGCACCACUUUGUUGGGGAGGACCUUUGCCGACUUUUGCAUGAAUCUCAGGCGGCUCCCAGGAGUUGAGUGCCGACCCUCAGGAGGGGUGAAAGAUGACCGUGGUGUCCCAGGAGAACCGCAACGAGACCCUGGUCAUUUCCCCUUUGUUGCAAGAUGCCGCCGAUUUGGAGGAGCAGGAGUGCAGCGAGAGGGUGGUCAUCAACAUCUCUGGCCUGCGUUUCGAAACACAAUUAAAGACCCUCUCCCGGUUCCCGAACACACUCUUGGGGGAUCCACGCAAAAGGAUACGUUUCUUUGACCCUCUAAGGAACGAGUAUUUCUUUGACAGGAACAGACCCAGCUUCGAUGCUGUCUUGUACUACUACCAGUCCGGGGGGAGGCUUCGGAGACCGGUGAGUGUACCUGUGGAUAUUUUCCUGGAGGAAAUCAAGUUCUAUGAGUUCGAUGAGGAGACUAUUGAACUUUUUCGAGAGGAUGAGGGUCUCACGAAGGAGGAGGACCGACCUCUUCCCAAGAGCGAGUUCCAGAGACAACUGUGGUUGCUCUUUGAGUAUCCUGAAAGUUCAGGACCUGCAAGGAUCAUUGCCAUUGUGUCCGUGAUGGUCAUCCUGAUAUCCAUCAUAAUUUUUUGCUUGGAGACAUUACCAGAGUUUAGAGAGAUCCCUGUGCAGAUGCACGACACUCACACCAACGGCAGCCACCAUGGGAAAGUGCAAAGUCCCUUCACGGAUCCCUUCUUUAUUGUGGAGACUCUCUGCAUCGUGUGGUUCUCCUUUGAGUUCACCAUGAGGUUCUUGUCAUGUCCCAGCAAGGCAGCGUUCUUCAAGAACAUCAUGAACAUCAUUGACGUGGUGGCCAUUGCUCCGUACUUCAUCACCCUAGGCUUGGACCUAGCUGAGCACCAAGGCAGCAGCCAACAAGCUGCCUCCUUGGCCAUCCUCAGGGUCAUACGCCUGGUCCGGGUUUUUAGGAUCUUUAAGCUCUCCCGACACUCCAAGGGCCUUCAGAUUCUUGGGCAAACCCUUCACGCCAGCCUCAGGGAGCUGGGCCUCCUAAUAUUCUUUCUCAUUAUCGGGGUGGUUCUCUUCUCCAGUUCGGUAUAUUUCGCAGAAGCAGAAGACCCGGAGUCAGGGUUCAAAAGCAUCCCUGACGCUUUCUGGUGGGCGGUGGUCACCAUGACGACGGUGGGAUACGGAGACAUGUGUCCUUCCACUAUCGGGGGUAAAUUUGUCGGCUCUUUGUGCGCCAUCGCCGGGGUCCUCACCAUAGCUUUGCCAGUGCCCGUCAUCGUGUCUAACUUUAACUACUUCUACCAUCGAGAGAACGACCAGGACAACAACAUGCAAUACGUUCACGUGACUUGUGGACAGCCACAGACGUCUUCUGGGGAAUUUGCUUUAACUCGAAGCGAGCAUUCUCUGUCCAAAACAGAUUCCUAUCAUGAGGAGGACCUAGAGAGUCUGACAUGCCCGAGCAAUACCCAGAUGGAGAUCUACAGUGGCAAGCUAACUGACGUAUGAAAGGACGCCCAGACGGAGAAAAGACGCCACGCUGGAAAUAUGAUCUUCAAAGUAGAAGAUGUUUACGCAGAAGAAUGUGGAAAAGGUUUCCUGACUGGACUGUGAUGUCAUAUUUAUUAUGUAGAACAUGUCAUAUUAUAUUUAUGUUGUGAUUGUACAUAUUUUCUAUUUUUCCUGACCUCGCAGCUGAUGUUUAGUCUUGCAUUGCACUUGGAGAAUGAACUUGAAUGCUAUAUCUUUAUUUUUCUAAAGGGUCAACCUGAGCUUAAUUUAAUAUUUUUUUAGACAAAUAAAUCAUCAAU